GGCAUCACGAGGGUAAAGUGUGAGUCAAAACUUCAUUGACAAGUGAUGGAAUCGCUGUAAAUUCGUCCACAAAAUUCCUGGUUUCUGGUGGUGAUGAGUCUUAGUUAGCAAGAGAUGGCCGACAAGAGAGUUCACUUACAGUCAAAUAAGGCUAAUAGUAGGGAAAAGAAGAGAAUUAAAAAGGAGAGGUUCCUUGCAUUGGUGAGAGACAGGAAAUUAAAGAAACAGAUGGAAGUAUCAAGUGACGAUGAAGGUGAUGAGUACUUUAUUUGGGAAAAAUACCUAGAAAGACAACAUGCAAAACCAGUGCCCAAGACUGCAUUCAAGCAUGUCAAAGACACCAAGGAAUCAGGUUUCAAAUCAGGAAUGAAAGUAGAAGCCAAAGAUCAAACAAGCUCCAAUGAUUCCUACUGGGUAGCAACCAUCGUCAUGGUUUCUGGGCCAUUGCUGCUGCUACGGUUCGAUGGUUAUAAUGAAGAUCGUAGUGGUGACUUCUGGCUUGAUGCAUCAAGUGAACUUUUACAGCCUAUAGGGUGGUGUGCAAAAACCAACAAUAUCCUUGUCCCCCCUGAAGCCAUUAGACAUAAAAAUCCCAACUGGGCAAAGUUUCUUGUUGAGAACUUGCGAGAUGCAGUUGCUGCGCCUGACAAUCUCUUUCAUAAAGAUACUAGCAACGAAAGUGAGUCUGAUAGCCAGCUGAAAGUGGGACGAAAAGUAGAACUUCAAGACGUUUCUGAUCCACUUAGAUACUGGCCAGCAGUAAUAGUUGAGAAAUAUGGUGCAAGACUUCGGUUGAGGUACUUUGGAUAUGAGGAAGAGGAUCAUGACAUAUGGGAUGAUUAUCUGUCACAUCACGUGCAUAACUUGGGUUGGGGCAGAAAAAUGGGACUGAUACUGUGCCCACCAGAAGUAAUGGACAAGUAUUUACAAUGGAAGACAUUUAAAACAUUUGUCCAGUUAUGCCAGUCACAAAAUUCAAGACAAACGCUAAAAAAGUUUGAGAAGAUCCCAAAAAUAACUGGUGUAAAACCGGGGAUGAAACUUGAGAUAGUGAAUCCAUUGGACCCUUCUUCCAUGUGUACUACAUCUAUCAAGGAAGUACUCAAUGACUAUUUCUUUACCGUUGACUUACAACAUGGAAGUGCAACUCGACAAGAAUACAUUUAUCAUGCACAGUCAAAGUAUUUAUAUCCUUCUGGUUGGUGUGAAAAGAACAAUGUUCCAGUGAAGCCUGCAGCAGGAGGCAUUUCAUCCGAUAAUCAAACUUUACCAGAACCUGCUCCUGACUCUCUAUUCACCAAGGAACUUCAGAAAUUUAAAGCUGAACCUGCAUUUAACAUCGGCGAUAUUGUUGAAGUCCUGGACAAUGAAGAUCCAUCAUGCUAUUGGGUUGCAACUGUGACAAAUUAUACAACAAAAUAUAAUCUCCGUUAUUGUCCUUCAACUGAAGAUUUCUCUGUCUAUCGCUUCACUGAUUCUGUACAUCCAUUAGGCUGGUGUAGAACCAUGGGACUUCGAUUCAAACCACCUAAAGGUUUACAAGGCUACAAAGAACAUGCAACUCUUCUUGGAAGUGUGUUUGAUGAAGAGGAUGCUGCUACAAAUGUAACGUGCAAACAAGACAAGGAAGAUACUUUACCACCAACUCAUGGCUUUAAACCUGGUAUGCAGCUAGAAGCUGUUAACCCUCAAGAUCCUUCAUCAAUCUGUGUUGCUUCUGUCAUUGAAUGCAACAGUGAACAAUAUUUCACAUUGCAAAUUGAUGACUUUAUCGAAAACAAUAACCAGAAGAAGUUGAGAUUUUGGUGUCAGUCGAAUUCAAAGAAUAUUUUUCCUGUUGGAUGGUGCAAGAAGAACAAUGUGCAGCUCACCCCUCCUCCUGGCAAUCCAUAUAAAGAAUUCAUUUGGGAAGAUUACAUAAAAUCUAAGAAAACUUCCGCUGCGCCAGAAUCACUAUUUUGCCAGGUGUCCCCCCCAUCCAGUGAUUUUGAAGUUGGUCUUAAACUAGAAGCCGUAGAUCAAACUAAUCCACAGACGAUUAGCGUCGCAACGGUGACUCAAAUCAUUGGUGGUACGUUAUGGGUUCGACUGGAUGGUUAUCAGAGCAAUGCAGUAGAACAGAUCUAUGAUGUAGAGUCAUAUAAUCUAUUUCCCGUUGGCUGGAGCAGUAAUCACGGCCAUCCUUUACUUGGACCUAAAUUGAAAAGUCCAAAGAACGAAGUUGAGCCAAGAAAGUGGUCCACAUUGUUAAGGAAGAGAACUACAACAACUCCAGCUGACUCAAGCACUAAUAAACGACGCAAAACAACUACAAAAGCCACCAAUACAUCAAAACACGCAGACAAGCCUUCAAAAUCAAAGGAUUUUUCAAUAAGUAUAGUAGUAAAGUCAUCGGACAAGAGGACUACAAGACCCACUACACCAGGAGCAGCUACACCAUCGUCAAGUACUGGGGAUGAUAGCUCCAGACAGGAAGUAUGUUCCAAUGAUGAUACCGAUACGGCCACUGAAGAUGAGACCCCAAAACCAACUACUACAAUCGAUUUAACGGAUGAUUAUUCUCGGGUAGGAGACAAAGAACUAUUGUUAUUCAUCAAGAAAUCAUGUUCCUGUGGUCCAUAUUUGAACAAGAACAGACUAUUGGCCUUACCUGACACCAUAGGACCAGCCGCGCCUAACAUAGUUCUGAAGCAGGUCGUGGAGCACGUAGUCAUUUGUUCUUCAUCAAGACAGAAAGUGUUAAAUAUAUUAUCAAGCGAGAAAGAGAAGCAAUCAUUUUUGUCGAUUCUUAAGACGCUAACAGUGAAAUUAGAGAUUUGUGAAAACCUUUUUAGUCUGAAUAAAGUGAAUACAUGUUCACGUUGCGAUAAAGAUCAUAUUACCACCACAUCACCAACAAAACCCACACUCGCUAAACCCAGCAGCACGACAAAUAGCUCUCCAAAUAGUACAACCAAACCUACCACAAGACAACCAUCUAAACUAAACAUCCCUUUAGCAAAACCAUCAACAAGCAAAAUCAUCCAGUCACCUUCAAACAGCACGAUGGUUUACGGCGAUGGCGAUGAAGUGGUUGGUAAGAUCCCGGAUGGACAUAUUAGUGGCUGGAGCAUGGAUGACGUCAUAGAGUUUGUAACUCCAAGGGGAUGCAAAAAAUUUGCUUCUGUCUUCCAAGAACAGGAAGUUGACGGUAAAGCGUUAAUGCUGUUGUCACUGGAUGAUAUUCACAAGGUUCUUGGAGUUACACUGGGACCUGCCAUUAAACUACACGACGAUGUGCAGAAACUACGUUACAAAAAAAAUUAACAUUGCACGUUGAGUACUGGUAAAGAAUGUAUAGAGGACAUAUAUACAUUAUAGAGGACUUUGCCACUGUAUACCUUGAAAUGAUCGAAAGCAGACUGCAAAAGAAGCUGACUUUUCACAUGCUUUAACUUCCGUUUUUCGUCUCCGUGACUGCGUUGUUUUGCUAUUCCUUGUAAAUAUUUCUGUAUAAUUCUUGAUUUCGUUUGCCUUUUUUUAUAGAACUUUUACUCGCUUACAGAACUCCACUUUGUCUUUACCCUAUAGUUAUUUGAUUAAAGUGACACUGUCAAUGGCACGCAUGCGCGAGUAAACUUGAAAACACUAUAAAUCAGCUCGUAAAAGUAAACAGAUCUAGAAUAUUCCAAAGUGUGUCAAAAGCACCACAAAAUGAUUUACCUCGAAGGUAAUACUUUCAAAGUCUGUUAGAGGUGAAACUGUUACUGCGCAUGUCAUCCAUUGACAGUGUCCCUUUAAUAGAAGUUCCUUCCCAAAGAUUACCAAGUGAUUUUGGCGCUUCAACGACAUGGUAGUCGCCGCUGAUAUGUGAGCCUGCCAAGAUGGCGGCAUUCAUGUCGGUAAUUUUUUCUCGUUUCAACGCAUAUUUCUCUCUUGCCUUUGAAGAUGAGUCAAAAUCCCCUGGUUAUUAUUAAGAAGAAACUUCGAUUAAUCAAAAACUAUAGGGUUAACGUAAAGUGGAGUUCUCCUUUAAACAGUAGAAAUUAGGUUUGACCACCGAACUCAGGGGUGUAUCCAGGAUUCGUCAUUACAUAACCUCAACUAAAACCUCACAUGACAGAAAUAGUAUACGUCAUGAAAAUUUUAAGUCUUUUAAGUAAAAGACAAGAGAAAAGUAAUUUAUUAAAGUUAGAUAUAAACGAAUCUUCA